GCCCCAGCUCCCGCUGCACCCGAAACAGCCGGACUACAAGUCCCACAAUGCCGCGCGCGGGGUGCCACUUCCUCUUCCGGCCGCGCAGCGCGCCGGCUUCUGCCGACGUGUUUUUCCGGUGGCGGAGUGGCAGGUUACCCAGAGCCCGGCAAAAUGGAGCUCGAGGCCAUGAGCAGGUACACCAGCCCCGUGAACCCCGCCGUCUUCCCCCAUCUGACCGUGGUGCUGCUGGCCAUUGGCAUGUUCUUCACCGCCUGGUUCUUCGUCUAUGAGGUCACGUCCACCAAGUACACGCGGGACAUCUACAAGGAGCUGCUCAUCUCCUUGGUGGCCUCGCUCUUCAUGGGCUUUGGGUUCCUCUUCCUGCUGCUCUGGGUUGGCAUCUACGUAUGAGCUCCCACGGGUUCCAGCCAGGCAGCUGCACUGAAUCCCUGCUUUUGUACAUUAAUUUUUUACUGUUGCUGGAGGUGUCCCGCCUGCUGCUCACAAUAAAGGCAGAUGUGUGCCA